AAAAUAUAAAAACAUAACUCUAAACAGAAGUGAGAACAAAGCCCUAACGUACAGAGAGAGAAGAGCAGAAGAUGGUUCGUCGGAGGUCGCAUUGACAAUCCCCCAGAAGCAACACACUUGUAUUUGAUUAACAGGUCUUCUCUGAAUGGCAAAACCAAAACAAAGACAGCUGGUGGCAAUACCUCCAAACAAGAAUAGUACUUCAAGUGGGCCUGAGGCAGAACUUCCCGGAGAAGAUAGUUGGGUGAUAGUUAAGAAACAGAUAGUCAGAAUCCUGAUCCCUCCUUUACCCCUUAACAAACAGUCCACAACACCAAACCUAGGACCAAGUCAACCGCAGGCAAUGCCCAUAAAAACAAUAAAUACGGAGUCUCAAUGUCCAAUGGAGACAUGCCUGGAGAUUCACUCAGUUGAUGAAAGGGAGAAAUCUAUGCCAUUGGUUCCGAUCAAGAAUAUCCCAACUGCUAGAAGAAGUCCUCGACCGACUGCAAUGCUACCAAGGACAGAUAAUAGGAUUGGAUCUGAAAAUCUAGAUCAAGUUGACAAUUUUAAAUCCCGCACUGCACUUUGGGUCGAUUGCAACUCAAGAGUGAGUAAGCGGCCACUGAACUACCUUGCUGGGGGUGCCUUGCUGAAUCAGAGAAUGAGGGCAUCGAAUAUUGAGAGGAAGCUUCGAAGAGCUGGGGGGUUGAGCCAGUGGCUAGCGUUGUUGGGACUUGACCAGUUUGUAAAGAUUUUUCGAGGGAAAAGUGUGAACAAAUUCCAGUUGGUGAAUCUGACUAUGAAGAAACUCAAGGACAUGGGUGCGGAUGCUGUGGGGCCCCGGAGAAAGCUGAUGCAUGCAAUUGACUGCCUCUGCCAGCCUUACUGUUUUGAGGCUUUGUGAGUAAUUCUGCAGGAUAUGCAUGGAGCAAUUGGAAAAUUAGAGAAUUAUGAACAAAUGCAGAAGCACAGGGGCAUGUUUUCAUGUUUCUUUAUGUUAUGAUUAAAGAUGUAGCCACAUCCUUUUUGUGUGUUGGGUCUAUGCAGCCAUCCUAAUGGCUUAUCACAUCCUGUAGAUAUUCUUGUCUUGUCACCUUGGUUUAUAUGUGGAAGUUAACAAAUACACUGGUGCCCACGUUGUCCGUUAUGAGGUUAGGAGUAUAUCAAUUUGUUUGUUUUGAUGGAAAACAAUUUUCAAUUGAAAGCAUUUUCUAUGGAACUUA